GUUUCAGAUUCACCGUGCUCCUCUGUCAACGCGUUUAGCUUUAGUUCUCUCUAGUUCUCCACCAGGACAACCAGCAGUUAUUACUAUCACUCAUUAAAAAUUCUAUAUAUACAACAAGUCGCGACUCAACUCAACAAAACUAUCGUAUAUACUUCUCAGUGCUAUUUUCAUCGAAUCGAAUAGUAUCUUCACCAACCGCUGGCCCAGAUUCAACGCGACCGUCAAGCCGUCACAGUCGUUCGCGGUCUCUUUGUUCAAGUUUAAAAAAAAAAUACUUUUUUUACGUCUACAUACCUUAUCUUCUUUCCUUCGCUUUUAUUUCUUCUUUUCUUCAUUGAUAAGUUUAAAUAUCUUCAUUGAUUUUUAUUAACUCAUCAAUGAUCUACGUAUCGUCUGUUACUCAAUUAUUUUAUCAAAGUCUUCGCAUGUCUUCUUUGGAGUAAAAAAACAAGUUAAUUAUCAAAGAAGAAAUAACUAGUGUGUGUUUUUUUUUGUAAAAUGUGACUGUCUGGUGAUGGUGAUAAUCCUGCUCGGAUUCCGAGUCGUAGAUUUGUGAUAAAUUUUUUUUUUUUUAAGUGAAACGUAACUUAAUUAUUUGUACAGUAAAGAAGAAAUCAAAAUAAUUUUUUACGCUAACAUUGAGAACAAAGAACGUUAAUGCGCUUGAUAUUCAGCGAUCACUGACAUUGAGUUUCCUGGUGAGUGCAUCCUCACAUACAUGGAGUUUCAGCUGGAUAGCGCGGAAUACUGCCAGGCUCAACACAAAUAGAGAGACACGCCCCGUACGUCCUAACAUCAUUGACUAGAUAUUUUUUUUUUUUGAGGAACGGGUUAAUACGAAGAAAAGUUUGAGAGAGCGAAAGAAGAAACGAGUGAGAACAUCGGAUUACGACAUUAAGUAUUUAGAUCACGAUCAGAGAGCCUGUUAAGUAAAUCACAACUAGUCAUCACUGCAAGAAAUAGUUAACAAAUUUAUUAUAUUAGAUAAAUUUUAAAUCUUCAUUGUCAUAUGCAGACUUCGUAGUUACUGCGUGCGCUUUGUCAUUGAGAAGCGCCCAGUGCCAAAUAGAUAAUCUUCCUAAUAGCGCAUAUCACCGUCUAAUGUAACGUAAAUAGCAAGUUUAAGCGAAUUUCGCACCCUUUUAAAACCCUUCCCGAGGUCUACAUGUGAGAAUCCAUUGUUCUAUCCUCUGUAAAAAAAUAAUUACUUUAUUAAAAAUUGGUUAUUAGUUAAAUUUAAUUAAGAUCAAGGAGAAUUUUGUUAAACAAAUAGCAAUUAUAAGACUGACAUCUAAUGGGCUAAAUAGUUAAUUCAGCCACGACACGGUGCAGUUAAUAUUUUGAACACACGGGAACCAGCUUCUUUUUUUUUUUUUUUUUUUUUUUUAUUUAUUAAUUUUAAUUUAACAUCAAGUUCUGAAGAAGAAAAAUAAGAAGAAAAUAUUCAAACAAACUAGGAAUUUUAUUUAUAUUUAUUGUUAAUUUUUUUUCUUCAGUUUAUUCUGUAAGAAAAAAAUAAUUUUAUACUCGUGUUGUUCAAAAGGAAAUGAACAACAUGAGAGUCAAGGAUAUCAGACCGGCACCUGCCGAAAUUGAAUACAAAAAUAUGAAAUUCCUUAUUACUGAUCGGCCCAAUGAUCAGACUAUUCUUACCUUUAUUCAAGAACUGAAGAAGCACAAUGUAAAGGAGGUAGUGAGGGUCUGUGAACCAACGUACAAAGUCGAAGAGCUUAAAUCUGAAGGAAUAAAUGUUUUGGAUCUGGUUUUUGAUGAUGGCACAUUCCCACCAAAUGAGGUGGUUGACGAGUGGUUCGAAUUAUUAAAAAACCGAUUCCGAGAGACACCCGAUGCAUGUGUAGCGGUACACUGCGUUGCUGGACUAGGUCGAGCGCCUGUGUUAGUAGCACUUGCUCUAAUUGAACUUGGACUCAAGUACGAGGAUGCCGUUGCUCUUAUCAGAGAGAAGAGACGAGGCGCUAUCAAUUCAAAGCAAUUAUCUUACUUGGAAAAAUAUCGUCCCAAGUCUCGACUCAAACUCAAGAACGGCCAGAAGAAUUCGUGCUGCGUCCAGUAGAUACUUAAUAUUUUUUUAAAGCGGGGUUCUCUCUUAAAUAAUUCAUUAAUUAAAUAAAACUAAAAAAUUAAACAAUCGAUAAUUAAUAAUUGGUAAAAAAAAAAAAAAAUUUUAUAAUAAUACAUUAAUUGCACACAUGUGACAAGUGACAUAUUGUAUCAAUUAUUUACAUACAUACAUAUAUAUGUAUAUAUAUUUAUAUAAAUAUAUAUCUAUUUUCAAAAUGGCCUAUCAAUGGAAAUGCAACCGGCUUGUUUCAUAAAAUUUUGUAAAUUCCAUUCACUGAUUUGUAUAUUUUUCAUUAUCAUCAUUAUUAUUAUUAUUAUUAUAAUGAAUAUAAUUGCUAUUAUAUUUAAGGGGGAUAGCCACUGUGAGGAUCGAAAAAAUAGGGAAUUUUUUUGACUGGGAUAAUAAAGGAAUUUGAGGAUCGGUUUUUUUUUUGUUUUAUAAAGUAUACAUUGAAGAUAAUUCUCCUAAAUUUUUAUUAAAAAAUAUCAUGUUGUUACAAAGUUAUAAGGAUUUUUGUGGAGCAGCAAAAAAAUUUUCCCCACCACGGUGGGAUCUCUAACUCAAAAAUGGAUUAUCUAAAACAAAAAAACCAAACUGCGUUGUAAUCUGCAUGCAUGUGGUUAUCGUUCCACGUAGGGAAUUUUAAAAUUUGGAUUUAAAAAAAAAUGGCGACAUAUUAAAAAUUUUUUCGUUUUUUUUCUCAUUUUUUUGGAUUCAAACAGCCCAAAAAAAUCUUAAAAAUCAAAAUUUUCAAAAUCCCCUACGUGCAACUAUAGCUACUGAAUAGACGAAUACG